AUGGAUGAAGUUUUAGUAGUUUCAGCACGGAGUAUUCGAGAACGAAAUGCCAUAGCUCGUUUAAAAUUUUUUACAGAAACUCCUCAUAAUAAUGAAAUAAGUGAGUCGAAUUUGAAACCGUCAAUUGGAUCAGGUCAAUCAGUAAAUGGUACUGCAAAGAAGACAUUAUUGUCAUUAUUUCAAGAAGAUGAUCACUUUUAUUCAUCUAUACCUACAACACCAAUUGCAUUGCGUGCAAAAUCAAUUCGUUUACUCGAUACAAUGAAUGAUACAAUAUUGAAACCGGUCUCCUAUGUGAAUGUGAAAGAUACUGUUAUUGAUAUAAAACAGGAAAAAAGACUCGUUGAUCGUCUGUUAGUGUUUCUAUCAUGUACCAAAACACCAAAUAUAAACAAGUUAGGUCUUCACAUUUUACAAGCAUAUCCUAAUCGAUUUCAGUGGCAUGCUGGUGAUCAUGGAACAUUUAGUUAUAAAAAUCAUAAAUGGACAUUUAUUGUCAAAUCUAACAAAUGUUUAACAAUGACUUCAUCAGAAUCUCAAAAAUCGAUGUUAACGUUGAUUUAUAAUGGAACAGAACACAAAAUAAAUGAGAAAUCAACUAAUUGGCUUUGA